AUGGCGCUUCUCUCAGCAGAACACCUGGCUGGGCCGGGCUACAUCAUUCUCAACGUCCUUCGUGGACUCAACAUUAUUGCUCUGGCUUCAGUCGUUGCCAGCAGUGUUGUCAUGCUUGUCAAGACUUUUAUCAUUUCCAAGUUCUUCUUCUUCGAUGCCACGAGCCAUGUCAUUACCGCUUUUGCCGGGCUUUUCUUCAUCGUAUCAGAAUGCUCGCUCUUCCGCAGUUUCUUCGCCCGCAACUGGCCUCUUCUGAGCCCCUCUCACGGCUUCGUCACCCUAGGCUGUGCCAUGAUGAUCAUCGGCAUGAACCUCCUCGGCAACAUGAACAAGGAGGCCACAAGCCAAAAGUCACUCACCAUGCCCUUCUGGCGCCUUCUCGUCGCCUCGGGCGUCCUCUCCUUCGUCAUCGGCCUCUUCAACAUAAUCGCCAGCUUCAUCUUCCGCGAUAGAUCCCGCAACAUCACCGCCCGCAUGGUCCGCUCCCGCGGCGCCAUGACGCUCCACGAAGACCUCGAAACCCAAUCCCAAUGGACCGGCUCAAACUACGAGUCCAAACUCAAACCCUUCACCCUCUCUUCCCACCAAACCGGCAGCACCUCGUCCCGCACCCCUCCCAUGCGCAUGCCCACUCCCCCCGUGGACUGCGGCUCGCCCCCACAACCCCAAACCAAAGACACCGACGCCCACCACCUCUCCCAAUUCGACUUCAACCCCCUCCGCGCCCUCCGCACAGCCCGCCAAUCCUUCCUUCCUUCCUACCACUCCCAGUCCUCCCCCGCCAAACUCAACGUCUUCUCCAACCGCCCAGCCUCCUCAAUCUACUCGCGCACCACCUCUGGCGAACCCUCCCGCAAGCGCUUCUGGCAGCGGCAGCGCGAAGAGCAGGAACAGGAAACUGCCCGCAUGCCUGAGAUUAGCUAUCCGCUUAAUGUCAACCCGCAGUUUGCGCACCUCGUUAAGCCGAAUCUUGCCCAUCACCCUAGUGUCAGGCGCCCGGAGUUUGAUUUUGAUAGUAAUAAGAUUUGA